AUGUCCGACGGCAAGACAUUCACGCUGAGCAAUGGCGUCACCAUCCCCGCCGUCGGCUUCGGCACCUUUGCCAACGAAGGAGCAAAGGGAGAGACCUACAAGGCCGUCGCCCACGCCCUGCGCGUUGGCUACCGUCAUCUAGACUGUGCAUGGUACUACCUCAAUGAAGAAGAAGUGGGCGAUGCUCUGCACGACUUCCUCAAGGAGAACCCCUCCGUCAAGCGCGAAGACAUCUUCAUCACCACCAAGGUGUGGAACCACCUGCACCGCUUCGAGGAUGUCCUCUGGUCGCUCGAGAACUCGUUGCAGAAGUUCAAAACCACUUACGUCGAUUUGUUCCUCAUCCACUGGCCCAUUGCCGCCGAGAAGGAGACCCAAGAGAAGCCAAAGAUUGGCCCAGAUGGAAAGUACGUCAUCCUCAAAGACUUAACCGAGAACCCCGAGCCAACAUGGCGCGCAAUGGAGAAACUUUACGAAGACAAGAAAGUGCGUGCUAUCGGAGUCUCCAACUGGACCAUCAAGGGCCUCGAGCAGCUCCAAACCUUCGCCAAAGUGAAGCCGCACGUCAACCAGAUUGAGAUCCACCCCUUCCUCCCCAACAACGCGCUGGUUGACUACCUGCUCAAGCACGACAUUCUGCCGCAGGCCUACUCCCCACUGGGAUCGCAGAACCAGGUGCCUACGACGGGCGAGAAAGUGAGUGAGAACAAGACGCUCAAUGCCAUUGCCGAGCGCCGUGGAUACACCCUAGCACAGGUCCUGAUUGCCUGGGGUAUUCGACGCGGCUAUGUUGUGCUCCCCAAGAGCUCUACGCCGUCGCGCAUCGAGUCUAAUUUCAAGUCUGUCAAGCUGACAGACGAGGAUUUCGCGGAUGUUAACGCCGUUGCCGAUGAUCGUCAUUUCCGCUUCGUGAAUAUGAAGGAUACUUUUGGUUAUGAUGUUUGGCCUGAGGAGGCCAAGACUGCUAUUUCCACAUAA